AUCAUCUUAACGAGGGACGAUAGCAUGGACAGUAUCGAGGCCAACGACGUUGAGCUCAUGCUCUCGCAGAUGGUAUCCCCGUCCGCACCCACGCCGACUUUGCCCAGGGUCCGUACCAUAGACCUCAACGAAUCUGCACCUGCUACUCCGCCACGUCUCUCUCCUUUCCCAUUGCCAGGUCGUGCCAACCUAUCUUAUCUAUCUCCGGCAUUUCCGACAGCAGAGGGCUCGUCGUUCCUUCGUCCACAAAGGCGAAAUGCGAGUGCAGGAAAGGAGCGCGGUUCGAUACUAUCCUGGGAGCAGUUAGCACAGCACAACAAGUCCAUGGGCACACCUGAUGUCGAGCACAUGCUUGCCGAUGUCGACUCACCUUUUCACGCGCUUAUGGCGUCGCCGACACCUAGUCAGCUCACCUUGGCUGAUAUCCCCGAAAGUCCCUUGCUGAGUGCAAUGCCUUCUCCCUCUGGUUAUGGUGCUAUCUCCCAAGUCCUGCUACCCGACGUCACACCGGCUCCCGCGCCUCACGCCCAGCUUCGCUACGACGACUCCGCUAAAGCCUCGCCUAUCGAAAGCUCGGCGGUCACGAUGCUGCGGCUCCAGCUGGCUUCCGUGGAACAUAUGGCGCAAGAACGCCUAGGCCGGAUUCAAGCUCUCGAAGUCCAGCUAGCGUCUGCAGCUGAAGCUCGGUUGCAUGACGCAGAAGAGCUCGCCCGACAGAUCUCGACGCUCGAAGAGCAGGUCCAUGGAAACCUCGCCAAGCCUGACCCGGACGAGAAGUUGUUGUUGUAUGCAGCAUCGCUGGAGGACCAGCUUGCACAAGCACAGAACGUCCGCGACGAGGCUGUCGCAGACGCGCUCGAGCAAGCUGCGUACGAUGCCGCGGCCUCCCAGACGGCAGUGCUGCAGAAGCAGCAGGCGAUGUGGGACCUGUCAUCUGUUGCUUGCGAGGCCCACAGUACCUGGCAGGCGGUCAAGUGCACUGCAGAGGGCGAACUGGAGAUCGUCCGGUCGGGUCGCGGGACAUUGAACGUCCUCCUCGCGGGACUCAAUCAAAGCUUACAGCAGUUUGCGUGAGCGAUGAAUAAGCAUCUCACUCCCGUUCCCAUCGGGUAAGGAUGUUGACGUGUCGCUUGUUCGCCCAGCCCAGACACCCUAUCUAUCUCUCUCUAAACUAAUAUGUCGCUCUGUCACGUAUGUAUUGCUCGUGUUUGUACCUGAGCAAGGACAGACGCUCUACGAUCUUUCUUUUUCCUUUUCGUCCGUACAUUUCUCGAGUCUAUGCGCCUAUCUUGACCUUUGCAUGUAUCAUACUUCAUCUAUCAUCUGGGCCCUAUGAUGCU